AUGUUAUUAAGAGGAGGAGGUUGUGGAAGUUCAACACCAAAAGAUUAAUCUAAUGUCAUUACACCUAAACUGUUUGAAUAGAAGAUACCACCAGAUUUGGUUAAUUAAAUAAAACUGCACUCCACUAAAAUUGCUUAAAAUGCUGUUCUAGUUUUGGAUUAGCAAUCAAAUUUAAUGAAUAGUUUUUCUUUUUUUUAAUUGAAUGCCAGAGCAAUAUGGUUAUUGGUGAAAAAUUAAAAAUACACAAAAUAAGUUAUAGAUUUAGUUUUAGAGAGUUUAGAGUAACUUUUUCCGGCUUUCAAGAGUUUUCUCUAAUCUAAUCUAUUAUUUGCACUAUACACUUCAUAAAUUGUAACCUAGUUGACUUGGGUAAUGUUUACAUUCUUUUCAACAAAUAAAGACAGGUUUUUGGAGUUAUCUAAACAAUAAUAAUAUUUAAAUGAAAUGGAUCAAAUAAGUGAGAGAUUGGAAAUAGAGAGUGACUCUUCCCGUUACUAAAAUCACAUUGAAUAUGAAAUAUUCGUAAUUUAAGCGAUUAUUUUUAUUACGCCGACAAAUUCAACUGAAGGUAAAGAAAUUCUUGUUAAAUUUUUGGGAGGUGCAUUCAAAGCCAUUGCAACAUUUUCAUUAAAUGAUGAUUUGAUAGAUAGUUUAAAAGAUGGUGUAGCAUAUCUAUAUCAACAAGGGAUUAAAUAUUGUCGAUUGAAAAAGUUGGAAUUGAUUUAUUCUUUACUGACUUUAAAGUACGAUUCUAUGGAUUAGAUGGAAAGAAAAGGAGAAACUAAAUAGGUUGUUGAAUAGUUAGGAAAGAUUUAUAGUGAAAUUAUCAGAGAAUCUAAUGAUUGGGAAAUAUGGUUUACAUGGAUAUAAAUCCUAUCUUAAUUGUAUUGUUUCAAACCUAUAUUGGAGAACAUGUAAAUUGAUUAGCAACUCUAUGAACAAAUUACAUUCAAAGAAUACUCUAUCCCCAUUAUAAACAAUAAACAUGUCCUUGCAAUAAAAAAUCAACAUAUACAGAGUGAUUAGACUACUAAAAAGUUAUUUGACAAUUCUUUAAUAUUGCAAGGACAAGCUCUUUUAUAAAAUAUGAUUUUGUAAGGCCAAGGUUUAUUGCAUAAUAUGGAGUAACAAUACUUUGCCAGAUUAUAAAUUCAAAGAGAUUCCUAAUAGGAGUAAGAAAAUCUUAUGCCUAUCUCUUCAGCCAAAAUCUCAUCUAUCCUCAAUGUAGCCAAGCAAGCAUAGGAGGAACUAGUAGAAUUUUAUUAACUAAUAAAUUAAGAUGAUUUAACUGAUGAAUCGAAGUUAAAAUAGGCUGAAAAAAUAUUGAAGAAUCAAUAAAGAGCUUUGUUGACUUUAUUAUCAGAAAUAGAAAAUGUACAGCGUUUACAAAAACUAGUGCAAGUACUCAUUUAGAAUUCAGAAAAUGGCAAUGAUAUUAUAGAAGAAUACUACUAAAUUUAAUAAUUAAACAUCUAAUAAUAUUUAAAUGGCCUUAUUAAAAGUUAAAACAAUAAAUUUUAGGAGACAUUUUAAAAAGAUCAUUUUGUAGUAGUUAUUGAUAACUUGUUCUUAAAGUCUUCCAAUUCAUAAGACUUUCAAGUAUAAUUACAAGGAUUUAAAUAAAAAUAAGAUGAUUAAAGUGUAGUGAGAAGUCUUAUAGAAGCAAUAAAAAAAUUGCAAUAUGAUUCGAGCAAAUCUAGAAUAUUGAGUUUGGACUCUUUAAUAGGAUUGAAUAGUGCAAUAUCAUUAAUGUUAUAAGAGAAAGUAGCUUUAAACUGGAAUCUUGAAUUGAAUUUGGUUUUAUAAGCAAGGAUAAAAACAAUAAGUAAUGAAAAAAAAUAAGAAGGGAAUUCUUAAACUUAUUAACAAAUAGUAUAAAAUGGUAAUUAAAUGAUCCCAUUUGAAUCUCUCUAUUAGUCAAUAAAAUUCUUAUAUACACAAUACACCUAGUGCGAAAGCAAUUAGAAAUUUAAAACCGCAGAACUUUAGUUAACUAAUAACCUUGAAAAACUAUUAAAGACUCUAUUGAUUGAAAAUUUUGGAUCCAUUAAUCAUAUUAGUUAGCUUUUGAUGAAGAAUUUAUUCAAGGAAAUCAAAAGGCCAGAGGAUGUUAAUUUCGAUAUAGAAAUUCUGAAAAUGAUAGAAACUAGAGUUCAAGAUACUAUAAAUUAUGUCAAUUAAAUAUAAAGUUCAAUCAAAAUGAUCUCAGACUUUCUAAUGUAUGAAAAAGAAUCGAAUGCUGAUAAUAGAACUGAUGUUUAGAUAUUAAUAGAUUAAAAACCGUUAGCAGAAAUAUAGAAGAUAUUUCAAUAAAAUCAAAUAAAUAAUUUCUAAUUGUCAGUGUGCGUUUAAAAAUUGAAUUCCUAUUUUGACUCUUUUUUUAUAGUGUUCUUAAAUUUUGAAAAUGCUUUGAAGGAGAAUGAUAAAUAGUUCUAUCAUUAAGUACUAGAGAAGAAGCAAUUCCUUGAAUCGUUGUUAUUCUUUUUUUAGUCCUUAGUAUCAUUGAAUAUUCUGAAUAAGAAUGAUUAAGAAGUGGCUAGCAGGCUUAAAGUGGAUAUAGAUAAGAAAUUCUAAUAGUUACUUGAUUUGGAAAUAGUAAAGCCCGCAAGCUUUAAUAUUGAUACUAAUAAUAAAUUAACAGAUGAUUUCUAAUUUUAUUAGGACAUUUUUAGUUAAUUAGAUGAUAUAAGAUAAAAUUAAGAAGUUUCUUUAAAUAAAGUUAAGUAAUUUAUAACCACUUGCAAAGAAAUCUUAUUGCAAGUUGAGAAUCUAAAGACUGUGGAGAAACUAAGUUAACAAUUGCCAGAAUAUGAGACUAUGUUGUUGGAAACCAAAAAGUUCAUCGAUUAACUUAUGGCAAUGCUGGAUAUUAAUUCUUUAAAUUUAAAAGUAGAAUAUGGGACAAUUCAAAAUCUAUUAGAAAAAAGUUAGAAUUAUCAGUAUCAAAGGGAUCUAUAAUCAUAAAUCAUAUUUAUCUUGAGUUAAAUUGAUACUGAAGAAGUGGAGUCUAAUUUUUUGGAGGAGUAAAUAGAUAUUAUCAAAGAACAACUUAUGGAUAUAUUGAGUUAGAAUAAAUGGAGGAUCAGACAAGUCAUAAUAUUCGAAUUAUAAUAAAUGAGAACUUUCAGUUUGUCACAAUAAGCAAUAAACUUUAGUUCAGGCUUGCUAGUGAAAUUCUAGGUUUUUGAGACUGAUAAGAGAAUCAAAGUGUUGUUUGAGAGUUAAAAGGGGGAUGGUUCUAUUUUGAUCAGUAAGUUUUGGCCAAGUUAAGAGUAAUAGAUUUAGAAUAAAAUAAAAGAGAAACUAAAGGAAUUAAAUAAUGUAGCGUAACAAUUAGCCAUUGAAGACGAGCCUAUCAAAAAGAACUAAAUGAAAAAGGAGUAUGCCAGAUUGGAAAAGGAAGUUUAAGGUAUUUUGGAGAAUGUUUAGAACAUUGGAAACUCAUUAGGAAUAACAGUGCUGUUUAUGCAAGACCUUAAAUAGGAUUUAUUGAGGAUAGAGAGCUAAAUACAAUAAUUGUAAGAAUUGAUGGAGAAUAUCAACUAAGAUAUUAAGUAUCUGAAGGGACGGUCAGUGAAGGAACUUUUAGAAAUGAGAAUGCAGCGAGUCUUGUAAUAAAGAUUAAUUCAUAAUUCUGAUAAUGUUUACAUUUAGAUCUAAACUAAAGAAAAGAAUUUAGAGGAGGGCGUUGAAGAUUCAGAAUCAAUUUUAUUUACAGAAGAUCUGUUUGGGAAUGGGGAGAUAAAUGAAUUUAUAUGGAAAUAAUAAAAAGAUUCCUUAUUGAUACAUGGAUAAGCCGGAUCAGGUAAAAGUACUGCUGCUAGAAAAAUUGAGGAAUUCCUUUGGGUUACUUAUUAGAAAAAUAAAAAUUAACAAGAUUAUGUUCCGCUUAUACCUAUAUUUGUUUCUUUGCCUUAGUUGAAAGAUCCAAUUUAUUGUGCUAUUGAAGAGACUUUGAGGUCGGAUAAUUAUAGGUUCAGUGAGAGAUAGGUUGAAGAAUUAAAGGAAGCAGUAGAGACAAAACAAUAUAGAUUAAUAAUAAUUCUAGAUAGUUAUGAUGAAUUAAAAUAAUAAUAUAUUGGAUUAAAUCUAAAUGCUUCCAAUAAAGUAAGUAAAUGGAGAUGCACUUCAGACAAAAACAAAUAUCCCAAAGUGAUAACGACAUCAAGAUCUGAAAUAUUCACUGUAAAUGGUUAUUGUACUUGGUUCUUUUCUGAAUCAAAUUAGAUCAAAUUUUACAAGGAAGUGAGACUAUUGAAAUUCACUGAGGGUCAGAUCCAAUAGUACAUAGAUGAGUAUACUCAAUUGUGUGUGAAGAGAGUCAUCAAAGACUUCUAUUUUGGGGCAUAUUAAGAAUAGAAUUAUCAAGAAUUCGAAAAUUUCUACAAUGAAUUGGUAAAAUAAGUCGGUAUAGUGAAUUUUCGAUAAAAUAAACAAUAGAUGUUGAGUAAUGAAAUGAUAAGUGCUCUUUUGCAAAAGUGCAAGUAGUUUGUGCCAAAUGAGCAUCUAAAAACCGUUCAAUAGAUGUUGACUGAAAUAUGGUCAAGUUGGCAUUAUCAAAACUUUAUUAAAUUGAUGAAGUUAUAAUCUCUAAUGGAAACUCCCUUUAUGGUGGAGAUAGUUAUGGCCGUAUUACCUUAUAUAGUAAAGUAAAGAUAGGAAAUAAAUAAUAUAAAGGACAAUUUUAUUAGGAAAUACAUAUAUUUGAGCAAGAAAGGGGAUGCAAUUUAGAAAUAAGCCUUGGAUGAGUGGUAAAGAAUUCUAGGUAAUCAAUAAUUCAUCACUGAAUUUGUUUAAGAAUUUUAGAUCAGUGAAUAGGAGAAGAAAAUUCAAUAAUAUUUUGAGCAUCACUCAAAUAUAGACAUAAUUAAGUAGGCUUUAGUUUAGGAACCCUUAUCCACAUAUGAUUUUUACGUUGAGUUUUUUGAACAUUAUUUUAAACGACAAAUUAAUAAGUUGAGAGAAGCUGGAGAAUAAAUAGAGUAUGAUGCUAUGGGUAAUGAAUUAUGGGAAUUUGCUCAUAAAUUAGCAAAUAAAAUGACAUUUAAUAAUUUGAGUUAGGUUCAAUUUCAACCUAGUGGUUUGAUAUUUAAAAAAAAAUAAACUGAUUGGAAAGAUAAGUUUUUUAAUGAUGAUGAGAAAGAGGGUGUUUACAAAAGAUUAUUCAGGAAGUGCAUUCCUAUUAAAUAAAAGAGUGGCAUCUAUUCAUUUAAUCAUAAAUCGCUUUAGGAAUUCUUAGUAGCAAAAUGGUUUAUUGAACAAAUUACUAGGAUGACUCUUGAAGUCUAAGGUAAGUAUGCUAAUCUCAAGUAGGAAGAAAAAACUGCAAUAUUAAAAUAUAAUUUCUUUAAAUAAUCCUGGGAUUUGGAUUAUAUGCAAGGGCCAAUUAAGUUUAUCAUUGAUAAAAUCAAAUUUAAUGAAGAAAUCAAAUAGAAAUUGAUGAAUCUAAUUAAUUGUUCUAAAAUGAGUAAGGAACUCGAAAUGGGAAGUUCAAAUAGUUUAUAUAUUCUCAACUAGAUGGGACAAUCAUUUAUAGGAUAAGAUUUUUCAGAAAUUAGAAUUAAGGAAAUUAGUUUAAAUAAUGCUAAUUUCUUUAAUUGCAAUUUUACUUCUUCAGUAUUUACCUAAGUUAAGUUAUCAAGAGUGAAUUUAAAUCAAUCCAAAAUUAACGACGUUUUUUGGUAAGAGAUUUAAGUAGAUGAAUUACCAAGAAUAGAAUCGAAACUAAACUCAAUAGAUUAAAUCACUUACAUAAAGAGUAGAGAACUCUUCAUUACAAUAGAUGACUUAUCAGUUAAGCAAUAUAAUUUAUAUAAAUUAUAGGAAGAAAAUCAAUUAAAAUUUGAAUUUAAACCAAAAUUAGCAGUAUUAUCAAACAAUGAAUAGAUUUUAGCACUAAUGAAUAAUAAUGAAAUAUUGCUAUUUGACAUUAUCAGAAAUAAUCCAAUAUAAAAAUUUAUAUAUGGGGAGUGUUUCUCAUGUUAUAAAUCAUGCAUUACAUUUAGCCCAGAUGAUAAAUCUAUAAUUUUGGGAGGAUCAGAUGGGGCUGAUCAACUUUAGAUAACAAUAGAAUAUUAAGAAAUUGAAAACCAAUUGAAAUAAUAGGUUGAUAAUAAAUCAAAGGUAAAUGUUAGUGCAACUAAUUCAAAAGUAAAUCCUAAGCGUUAGAAUGCAAAAGGAGAUGAGAAGGAAGUUCAAUAAAGUUAAAUAGGUUAAUAAAGUUAAAUAGGUUCAAAUAUAUAGAGAAGAGAAUCAUAAAAGGUGACCAUUAAAUUGUUACCUGAUGUUAUUGUUUCUCCUGAUUAAUUUACUUCUUUGAUUGAUGAACAUGUAGUUAGUGUAAAAUGUGCAAAAAUUGUAGUUUUUUAGCAUUAUACUAACACCUUCUCUAUCUGCAAUCCGACUGAUAAAAAAGUUGAGACUCACGAAUCAAGAUUGUAGAGAAUGACUUGCUUAGAUAUCAAUAAGGAUAACACAUUGAUUGCCAUAGGAGGUUAUUAAGGUGAAAUUCAUAUAUUUUAAGUGAAUUCAAUAGAUUCAUUUUUUGGUUUAGAAGGUCAUAAAGAUUAUGUAUCACAAUUAUAGUUUUCAAGAGAUGGAAAAAAAUUGGUUACUUGUUCUUGGGAUAGAACUAUAAGAUUGUGGAAUACACAAUAGUAAUCAUAGAUCAGCCAAACUUCAUUUUAUUUGAAGCCAAAAGUUCUCUCUUUAAGUUAAAUAAGUGAUACAUCAUUAGCAUUGACAGGAUUUUCUGAUGGUUUAAUUUAAAUGUGGGACUUGGAAAGUUCUGAUUCUAAAUUGGAUUAAGAAAAGGGACAUAGUUUGAAAAUAACCUGUGCCAUAUUUUCACCAGAUGGCAAAUUCAUCAUCUCUGGAUCGUUUGACAAAACAAUCAAAGUUUGGAAUAUUUAGACUGGCCAAUAAGAUCAAAAUCUAGUUAAACAUACAUAGGCCAUUACUGCUUUAUCUAUAUCGAACGAUUCACAAUUAUUAUGUUCAGGUAGCUUAGAUGGAUACAUAUACCUUUGGGAUUUCUAAAAAUUCAAGUUCUUAUAGGAGAUUAAACAUUAUGGAUCUGAAAUUCUAGACAUAAAAAUUAUUCUGUUUAAUAAUGAAUAUAGAAUCUUGAGUCAAACUAAUGAAGAGACUGCUCAAUUAUGGUUUAAUAAUGAUUACCAAGAGUAUUAUUUACUUUAUGAUUACGAUGAAUAAUAGAAGGAGAAAAGAAAGAUGCUUGGAUAUGAAUGUAAGGAAAUACUGAAUCUGUCUAAGGGUCUAUAAGUGGAUGUGGGAAGGAGUUACAAUAUACUAUAUUAUUUUUUGAGAGAUUAGAAGAUAAGUGCAUUAGAAUCUAGUUUUGAUAACUAGAACAAGUUGAUUGGAACUGACAAGGGAAUCCUCUUGAUUAUUCAAUGGAAUGGGUAAUCUUAGUAGAGGAUUGUUUCUUAGAAUAAACCAUUAGAAAUCAUCAAAACUAUUAAUCACAAAUAUUUUCUCACCAUCACUGAGUAGAAAAUACAGAUAUGGAAAUUUUCGGAUUACCUAAUCAGAGAUACAGUAAUAAGUGGGGAUUGGAAAAUCGUUGAUCUUUUUGUUUGCAAUGAUAAUAUCUAUUGUGGAGGUAACAUCAUUGAGAUUUGGAAUGUCCAUCAGAAGACUAAAUUGAUAAAGAAAAUUACUCCGACUGAUUCCUUAUCAGCUAUUGGAUACGAUCAGAAUAAAAAUAUUGUAUAUGCUGGACUAAAUAAUGGGUCAGUAAUAAUUUUCGAUGUUUCCUACAAUAAUCAAUCGGUAUUCAGUGCUCAUGAUGGAUAAGUCAAAAAGAUUCAGUGGUUGAAUUCUAAGAAUAUGUUAUUUACUGGAGGGGAUGAUUGGAAACUUAAAUUAUGGGAUUCAUAGAACAAUCUAUUGAAAGAAGUGUCUGUUGACAAUCCUAUCUAAUCGUUUUUUGUGUCCCUAGAUGAGACUUAUUAUAUUUUAUAGUAACUUAAUUCAGUGUCUUUAUGGGACUUAGAUAAUUUAGAACGUGUAGAAUACAUGGUUAAUAUUUAGAAAACUUCCAAGGUUUUAGCAGUUUUUCCAAAUUAGUAGGUGUUUUGGACAGAAGAUACUCAGGUAUCAGUGUUGCCCAUCAUGAAUAAAAAGAUUAAAUUUUCAUUACUAUAGUCCAACAGAUCCCAUUUUUCUUCGACCAUUGCAACAACUGAUAAAAUGAUAUUGACAGCUGACCACAAAGGAAGUAUAUUCUUUUGGAAUUUUGAUGGAGAGAAGAUUAAGUAACCCAUAGUUUUGGACAAAAAUGAAUUGAGAUCUAUGGCUAUAUCUCAGGAUUAUACUAAAGUCAUUCUAGGAUUCAAGAAUUUACUGAACAUAGUCAACUUAAACACAAAUGAAGUCAUCUACACCAAAGACAUCCCUGAUACUUGUUUACUGACAGCACGUUUUCUGAGCAGUACAGAAAUGAUCGCAGCAUCAGAAUCAGAGAAUUUCCAAACUCUAAUAUUCAGCAUCGCCAAUGCAAACCAAAAUCCUGUUAUAAUCAAUGAACAUGUUGGGCCCUCCUUUGGAGUGUAGGUUUACAUUUAAGGACAGACGACUACUUAUUUAACAUAUGGUAAUGAUAAAUCAAUUAGAUACUAUGUUAAAUGUGACAAGGAAUACUCCUGUAAAUAUGCUUUUUCAUCUACUUAGAGAUUUGAAUGCCAAGGAGCAGUCAUAUAGAAUAGUGAAAUUUCAUCCAAGUCGAGAAUUGAUCUGAAGGAAUUGUUCAAACAAAAGAAGGCAACCUUCGUUGAUAAGAAAUGA